GAAAACAAGUACAUCGGACAAUAGGUUAAGAAUAAGUCAUCAGUUCAAUGGGAAUUUAUUCCAAGACAGAGGUUUGUGCAAAAGUUUACAAAUAUGAUGGAAGAACUGCUAAACAUAUGACUUGUUAAGGCUGGAAUGAUAAAUACUGCAAACUGGAGACUGUGUAAACUUGGAGCAGCAGAAACUGCCCUUUGCAGAUAUUGCCAGGAAGAAAAAGAAACAAUGGAACCCUUUGGUGGCUACCAAAUUUUUGAAAACAGGUACAUCAGACAAUAUGAUGACAAGUAUUGUCAGGAAGAAGAAACAAUGGAACAUGUCCUCAGUUGGUGCAAAGGCUUAUCCAGGUGAGUUUUCUACUCCCAGGAGAGGAAAACCAAAGCCUGAAGGAUCUUUUAUUAAUCCUUGAAAUCUGGUCAAAAACGUAACGAGCUUUAGAAAUUAGAGGUUGCACAGUAGACAAUUGGUCACAGUGCAUGUGGCAGUACAGAGGCUGAUAACUUAACCUAACAAUGUGGUCUGCAAGGUGAUGAAACUGUAAUUUGGUCAUUACCGAUUUUUGGUCUACCUAACCUCGCUGAUUUGGUGUCAGAUGCGUUUCAACAUUUCACCACCAUCUUUAUUGGGUCUGAUGAUGCAUAUGUAAUGACCAAUUUACAAAAUCAUUACCAUUAUAUUAAGAACCUUUGUCACAAUGUUUGCUAUUUUAGUCAACAUCGUCUCUGAUCCCCGUGGUCUGCUUAUUUUCGCUGGUUCCGUCUGUCAAAUGUGUUUCAUCUUCUGUGGUUGUUCAAUGUGUUAUUUUGAAUUUUGUCCUGUUAUUAGCACACAAACAUUACUGACAUUAUUUAUGUCUAUUAAGCUAAAUAAAUAAUUAAUUUUAAUUUAAAAAGCUACAAACUUAAAUGUGAUUUUGAUUUUAGAUGAUCAUCCUAAAUGUUGUUAUAUAUUAUAAUAAUCGCCUGUUUUAAACUAGAUUUAAUUUGUUCAAAAAGAACAGGCCAUGACGUUGCAACUGGUAAUUUGCAGUCAAAAAAUAUUUUGGAUUCCAAUGUAAUCACAAAAAUCGUUCCUUCAAAACCGAUUACACUCACUUGUACGAGACCUGGAAAAAAUUCGACCGCGGUCGAAGUCGUUUGGUAUUAUCAAAAUUGCAUAACGCCCGUCUGCAAUUCAACGCUUAAAGAAUCCAACGGAUAUAAAAUCUGUAGCGUACCGUCAAAGCCUGCGUGCUCGACAAGGAUGCUGGUCGAAAAACCGCUGCCAGGAUUGUACAAAUGUUUCAAAAUUGAGAAAAAAAUCGGCUACGUUUCUUCAGCGACGCCGAUAAUCACAUACAAUCUUAAAAUUUUAGAAAGAGACCUAGAGCCUGUGUUUCUAGAAGAGCCAGAAGAUAUUGAAACGUACGUAGGUAUGAAUGUUUUAUUCAAAUGUAAAAUAAAAAGUUCGCUUCCUCUACAUGUCAAAUGGUAUAAAAGAGUCAAUAAGUCACCGGGAGCUUUUCAAUACGAAAAUAAAUUCUACCAGCUUUUAAACACCACCGAAGUGUCUAAACACAAGGAUGUCUUUUUGAGCAAGCUUCAUCUGAAAAAAGUUACAAUUCGGGAUGCCGGAACAUACGCUUGCGGUGGAAUAAACGAAGCUGGAAUACGUUACAACGAAGCGAAUCUUACCAUAGCAGAAUUUCAAAAUGAUUUUCAUGAACCGGACACUCUCCUGAAGGCUCACUGGAAAAUAAUUCUGUUUACAACUGCCACAAUUUUUCUUGUGUUUGUUGUGAAAUGUGUGGCUUGUAUACACUUCAUAAAAAGUUCUUCUAAUUCCCAGGCGGAUACAAGGAGGAGGAGAAGACCAUGGCCACCUCAGCGGAGCGACAAUAAAGAUCUUGAUACUUCAGAUUAUGAGCAUGUCAAUUUGUGACUUAUUUUGA